AUGAAACGAAUGGUUUUAAAUUUGCAAUCUAUUUGUUCAUUCUUUCAAAAUGAUGACAUUCCGAUUGGAAGGGAAUUAAACGAAUUUUGGAUAAUUUUAAUCCAGAGAGAAUUUUACUUUCCAACAGGAUUUAUUGAAAGUAAAAAGGAAAAGAUCAGACCAAAAGCUAAAAGAUGUUAUCUGCUAUUACAUAAAAUGGUAGAAAUGAAAUUUAAUAAUGAUUGUGGUGCUAUUCGAAACAUUCAACAUUCAGUUCAAGAAUCUAAUAGUUUCAAAGUGUGUGUAAUGGGAGAAGGAGGAGCAGGAAAAUCAAAUCUAUGUAGAAGAUGCGCCAAUGAUGAUUUCUUUGAAGUGUUUGAUAUGGGAACUGUGGAAGAAAUUUUUAGAAAACAAAUUAGUGUCAAUAAUCAAAAAUUUGAAAUUGAAUUUGAAGAACCUUCCAGUUAUGAUGAGUUUGAAGCACUUAGAGAUAUGUCA